AUGAAAUGGUUUGAAGGCAGAAUAAGUGAAGCAAUUGCCACAAGCCGUGAACAAAAGGCGCUCUUCAUCGUUAAUAUUCAGCAACCGCCAGAGAAUAAAGAUGAACAAAGUAUGCGAAUGGCACAGCUUUGGGAUAGUAUUGAUAACAAUAUUUGCCAACCAGCUUUGGUUGGCAUACGUAUUUUUCAAGGAACCGAAGCGGCAAAGCAGUUUGCUCAAAUAUAUCCCGUAUUUGUUGUACCAGCAUCAUAUGUUAUUGACUUGAAAGGGAAGCCUUUAGAUACUUUGAACGAUGCUCAUCAAUCUUCAUCCUCUUCAUUAAAUGUAACUGGUAAUCCAGAUAAAGAAAAUACAGAAAGAAAAGAAUGUACUGCUGCUAGCAUGGAUGAAAAGAUAAUAAAAGCGCAUAAAUUACUUGAAAAGAAACGUGAAGAAGACGCAAUUAUGAAAAGAAAGGAAGAGAAUGAAAAAGAGGUCGAAAGAAGAAAUUUGAGUAAAUCAAUAGCAGAAUCCAAAGCAUCACGUGAGGAACGCGAGAGACGAGACAUAAUGGAGCAGAGGAGCCGCGAAAAACGUGAACAAGAAGCUUACCUGGAGAAAAUUCGUCAGCAGAUUAAGGCAGACAAAGAAGAACGGAUGAAUGGAACAUUAGGUAAAGUUAAGGACCAAGAGCAUAAAACAAAGUCUGCAGAUCAUGAGAUUAAUAUGCAGUCUUCAGUUUCAGACAGUACUGGAUGCCGCAUUCAGUGCAAAUUUUCCGAUGGCUCUACUUUGGUACAUCAGUUUGCUUCCACAGACAUCUUUUCCCAGCUUGUAGAAAUAAUCAAGAAGGAUGGACGUGAAGGUGAUGAUUUUUAUAUAGUGCAAAUGUAUCCAAGGCGAGAGUUUCCUGAUAUCACAAAAACAUUUGCUGAACUGGGUUUAACGCCAUCCGCAACUGUUCUCGUACUUUCUAAACGUAAGCGAGCAGUGGCUGCAUAUGGUGGUUCCAGGUGGAUCGGAUUACUUCAUUAUGCUAUUGCUGCUCCAUUUCAAGCUUUAUAUCGUAUUCUACUUUAUAUAGUUGGUUAUAAAGGUCCUACUUCGUCACUGGACAGUACAACUGAACCCAGCAAUCCUAUCACUGUACCGAGCAAAGUUCACAAAGCGAAACAAAGUGAUGAACAUCGCCGAGAUCACGUUAGACAUGGAGGUAACUUUCGGAGAUUUCGUAACGACGAGGAUUCUUCACAAUCAGAUGAUGAAGCCAGGUGGAAUGGUAAUUCAACUCAACAACUUUGA